GUUAAAGCUGGCGCGAUAGCAGCGAAGUUGGCUGCACUGGCAGUAUUCGAGGCCCAGGCUUUGGAAGUAAAGGCACGGAGGCUGGAUUCACUCUCGUUGCGGAGGAAUGCUGCAAGAACGACAGAUGCGACAAAGGCGGAGCCAGUGGACGAAAAACAAGAAUGCGAAGGGGACACAAUAGACAAGUCUGACCAACUACCGUCCGCACCCGCAAACCCAUGUGUCGAGGUAGCUCUCCUCCUUGAGGUGCAGCGGCAAGAAUACGCGGUGCUUUUGCAAGAAGGAGUCGAGGUAGGAGGGGCAGCGCACUCGUGGACGGCGACCUACAACGAAUUAUACCCCAAAGCGGAGAAGCAGUCGUGGGAGAGCGUUUUCAGUAGCGAGGCUACUCGUAAUGUUAAGGCUCAGUUUUCACAAACCAUUUUCACAACCAAACCAUUUCUUCCCGUUUUCUUCCUCGUAGGAUUUGGAGGAAUUAUACAGGCAAGGAGUGAAGUUGCUUGGCGCUCUAAUACUGAACAGGAG